GACGACCGGAGUGUCGGUGUCAGUGUCGGACUCACGGCGUGCUCUUCGACGCGCGAAGAAGGAAGAGAACGAAUCGGAGAGGAGCGCGCGGAAGGAGAUUCGUGCUCUCGUUGACUCCGGUCCAGCAGCGGCCAGUUUCAGACUCGGCGCUGGACCGUGAGCCACGCGAGAGAUCUCUGUCUCUCUUCUCUUUUUCCCCUCUCUCUUUCUUAACGCGCGCGGCCGCAAGAUGUGAAGAUCGACAUCGAUCGCACAGCGAGAUAAAGCCGUUGCCUUCUCGAUGAUAGAAUGACACCGCGCGCUUCGGCUCGCUCCGUGUGCGUGGCCGAUCGAGAGGAGAUCGAACGCGGAGAGUGCAGGCCGUAAGAUCGAGAGCGAGAGUGCAGAUCGAAUCGUCCGGAUCGAGAUCGCGGGUCCGCGAGUCCGACGGAGAGCUUGGACGUCGGAGUGGCGCGGUUGGAUAGAUCGCGCUUGGAUAGAUCGCUCGAAGUUUGCGAAAAUUUACGAGAAGAAGGAGAGAUUUGGUGAAACCGCGAGUGCGCCAAGCGUUGAAGUCUCCACUGCGUAUAUUCUGCCAUGAUCUAUCAGUCGAGUCAUCAAGCGCCCACAAUGUCAUCCAUGAGGAAGACAUCGCCCGGACCGCAACGUCGUAGCUUGCAAGCAUCCCCGGCGAAAUGCGCCAAGACGAAGCGGAAUGAUCGAGCGGUCAAUGAGGAAAGAUGCAGAGGAAGAUGCAGGGUGCAGUGGAGUGAGAAACACGUGAAGGAGGGAUUAGUCCUUGUCCAGGAGGCGCAGCUCGCCAGGGUGGUCAAGACGGGACCUAUUACAGAGCACUACGAGAUCGAUCCGAAACCGUUUGCAAGCGGUCAGUGGGCGAGAGUCUACCGCUGCAGGUCGCGAUCGACCGGCACACUUUACGCGGCCAAAUACUCGUCCAGGAACCGAUUCAACGCCGAUUGUAGCGCGGAACUGAGACACGAGAUCGCUCUAUUGUCUCUAUGCUCGCAAUCGCCACGUGUCGUUAGGCUGCACGAUGUCUACGAGACGCCGAAGGAAAUUAUCUUAGUCAUGGAAUAUGCGCCCGGAGGCGAUCUGCAGACGCUCAUCGACGGCGAUUUGGUGCCCCUUGAAGGUGACGUCGUACACUUUGUGCGGCAACUAGUGGAAGGACUCGCCUACCUCCACGAGAGAAAUAUCGCCCAUUUGGACAUCAAGCCUCAAAAUCUGGUCAUGAUGGGCUCCUUUCCGGACUGCGACGUUAAGCUAUGCGACUUCGAGAUUUCGAGAGUGAUCCUCGAAGGCACUGAGAUCCGAGAGAUUCUUGGUACGCCAGAUUAUGUUGCGCCUGAGAUACUGCAUUAUGAGCCAAUCACGUUGGCAGCCGAUAUGUGGUCGCUCGGUGUCACAACCUACGUAUUGUUGACGGGUUUCUCGCCCUUCGGCGGAGAGACCGAUCAGGAGACUUUCCAAAAUAUAUCUUUAGGAGAAGUGGAUUUCCCUGAAGAGCUGUUUGAGGAUAUUUCGGUGCAGGCGAAGGACUUCGUCGCGAAGCUUUUGGUGCUAGACCCAAGUGCACGGAUGACCGCGAAGCAAUGCCUGCGCCAUGACUGGUUGCGUGGUGCCCCGACACAGGCGUCGCCGCAUCUACGAAAGUAUCUGUCAAAGUCGCGGGAGGUUCUUUUAGAGCGCGUGGUCAGUCGCGAGAACCUGAGGAGGGCCGCGCUGAUGAGCCAGACGACCAGUCAGGCGAGUCUCUGCCAGGGGGAUGUCCAAAGCGAUCAGAAUUAUCAACAACAUCGUCAACAAGGCUUACAAGACUGCACGCUCAGUCAAAGCGAAAUGUGCCUGAGCCAUCGCCUAACCGGAAGUCACUCGAGUUUGGUAGGUAGCGAGGGAUUUGCCAGCCCGGCGGAUUCUCAGGCCAGCCUGAACUCCUCCAGAACCAGCCUGAGCUGCGCAAGCCAGAGCUGUCUGCUGAACCAAGAACAAACUCGAGGACUGUUGAAUAAAGCUCAGAGCCGAUCCCAGGCUAAUCUAAAUCACGGCCUGAGUCGCGGUAUACUGUCGAAGAUACGCAGCCUGAAUCGCGUUCAGUCUCAGGCGUGUCUACUGAAUGGAUCCUUAGCGAUCAACUGCGAACGAGCUGGUGCCGUCGCUACGAUGAACCUCGUAAUUAGUAAGUCCCGCGAGAAACUGUAUGGCUUGAGAUCCCUGUCGAAGUCUCAAGGUGUCUUGGAUAUCUAUAGAAGUCUGGAAUGUCUGAAACGGCGAAGGAAGAGCUAUCAUUAUGCGAGAACCGAGGACAUGUUGCCGAUUUUCAAGCAACUCGGCGCUGAGAUUGCGUCUUCUAGAUUCGCUUCCUCGAUCAGUGACGAUCAUUCAAUCGUCGAUGUAAAAUCGGAUAUUGAUUUAAUGUCCGAUAAGAUCGAGCGAAAGAUUGACCAAGGUAUGCCAAUCGUUUCAUCGACAGAAGUGAAGACAUCAAAUUUCAGCAGAGAUGAUCGGAAUUGCGUCGAGUCGAAUAAUGAUUCGCAAUCAACGAAAACUGUAGAACCGCAAACUUCGAAGAAACUUACCUCGGAAUCCGAGGAAAAUCUAGAUUCUCUCAAGUCCGUCGAGUCGGAUACUCUGACAGAGGACUCAGACGAGAUGCCAUUGUGCCGCAACGUGAUGCCCGCCAAUGCGGACAAACGUCCUUGCGAACGUCAACAUUCUGACGUGUCCAGUCGUUCCAACAACUCGGCGGCGUCUGACGACAAGGAGGACCGCUCGACGGAGUCAGAGAACGACGAGCCAAAAUAUACGGUAGCGCAAUUAGUCUCUGCCUUCAACAAGCAUCAGGAGGUCGCCACGAAGACAAGUCUAAGGGCAAUCAUGUCCGAGAGGCGGAUCAACGAGAUGACGUUCCCGACCGGCACGAAGGCAUUGCGUCUCUUUAUUCCGGACAUCAACAUCACUGAGAGCAAGAUCGUCAGGCGAAAAACGAGUUACAAGCCGCGAAAGAAUUGGGAGGAGCUUAGGAAGCGCAACGAGAAGAAUGAGGGCAUCUUGAAGAGCCUCGAUAACGAUUCUGGCAACGAGGAUGAUGACAAUGAGGACGAGACUCAUGACAGCACGAAGAACGAUCUCGCGAAAAAUGAAAGAGAUUCCAUGGAGAGUGCUGAGGAAGGUAUUACCGAUGUUUCGCAAGCAUUGAUUCAGAACGAAGGCACAAAUUUAUCCUUAGAUCGAUGGUCGCUCUUGCGACCUGAAGAGAGUAACGAACAGAGUAUCUUCGUCGACAACGCGGAUACUCAAAACAGCCUCGAUACUACGAUAGACGAGAAAUAUAAGCAAUGCGUGAAAGGUGCUAUGUCCAGUAAGAUGGAAACGCUAGAGAAAGUGAAUAGAAAUGAAGAAAAAAUGAACAAAAAUGAAGAGAAAUAUCCGAAACUAUUAGAAAUGCAACCGAGAAUUACCGUUUCGGUACGUCAAAAGGAGAGAUUACCUAAUUACAUAUAUUCGGACAUAAAUGUCGCAGCCAAAGAUGACAAUCGUAAAACGUCGAAAAAAAUUGUUGUCGCGACUAAUGGAAAACCCGGAUCUAAAAUAUCUAAGAUCGGACGAACCAAACCGAGUUUUGGUACUGAUCCCGCGAAUGUAAAUCUCAAGGAUAUUCUGCAGCGGGUGGACAAUUCCCAGAGUACCUCCAAAGAAAAUCUGGAAAAUCUGAGGAAAAGGACAUCGAUUGCAAAGAUUAUUUUAAACGACAAUCUUAUCCAUGACAGUCAAGAUAAUAGUCUUGGCGGUUGUACGACGAAUUCUCGCGCAAAAAGUGAACCACUCUCGAACGACAAUCAAUCGGAGGAGCAAAUGAAGCUGAUAGUACCACCGUUUUUCAUUCGAUCCUCCUCCUUGUCCAGCGACAGCAGUUGCCCCACGCCAUCUAGCGUACAAUCUGACGUAAAUAUAUCAUGGGAGGACGUCCAAGUUGCUACGGGCUCCAGCACGUCUCUGGAGAAGGAGGACGUUUGUAGAGUCACAAAGAAGAGCGAUAUCCAACGAACAUGUAGCGAAGGAAGAAACAGACAAUGCUCGGAGGACCGGAAAGUCUGGGGACGAAUCUGUACCGGCUCUUAUACUAGGGCCAUGGAAAAGUUUAGUGGCAAAAAUAUAGACGCCGCGAAGAAGUCGCUGGGUUCAACGAUCCACAUGCAACAGACGGAAAAGACUAGAAGAAAGAGUAGCCCUGCGAUGCCGCAAUAUAUAAAUCCUUAAGAAUCUUAAUCUUUAGACCAUUUAAAAUAACUGCUGCAAUAUAAUUUGGAUAAGAAACCUAAAAUCAUAAAUAUAUUCACUAAUGUUUCUGAAGGAAUAGCGAAUUCGACUAGAAUCGACGCGAUGCAGAGUGCAGUAGCGCGGAAUCGAACAAGGUAAAAGAGAGAUAAUGCUCUUGCGACCUUGGCAGAUGACCGUGAAUGCGGAUCUUGGGCGAUUCACGGGCAUUAGAAAUUCCACUGCAGUACCACACGCCGACAUCUCUGAUCAAAGCGUAUCGACAUGGUUUAAUGACGUGGAGACACGUGUCACCGACUGUCAUUAACAUCCCACUCGAUUGUCGAGUACAUAAUCGAUGAGCGUUACCCUUUAGCUUAAUCACCAUAUUAAGGGAACACUUAUUCAGGCUUGCGCGCGCGCAUACACCGCGAGGGUGGUGUCAAUAAAGGUGGUGAAUAUUUUCAGAAAAACAAAGGCAUAGUAGAUAAAAUAGAAUGUAGUUACUUCAAGAUUCUGACAUAUAUCGUCUCAGUUACGCAUU